AUGGAGUCACACCCCGUUCAUGGCCUGCCCUUCCUCCCUGGCUCGUCUUUUACAGACUCCACGAGAACAGCUUUCCACAGAAGUCAGACGCUGGGCUACAACAAUGGCUAUGCUGUUGCUCGACGUCCAGCAGUUGGGGUUGGUGGAACCCAGCUCGAGACCGGCCAGCUGUCCCAGGCUGACCUCGAUGAAUUGGCCAGUAAAAUUCCAGUGCUAACUUAUGGCGAACCUAAGCAGCCCCCGCCUGCUGAUUUUAUUCCAGCACAUGUGGCUUUUGACAAAAAGGUGCUGAAAUUUGACGCCUAUUUCCAAGAAGAUGUCCCUUUGUCUACUGAGGAACACUAUAGGAUCCGUCAAGUGAACAUUUACUAUUAUCUCGAAGAUGACAGCAUGUCUGUAGUGGAGCCUGUCGUGGAAAACUCUGGGAUACUUCAAGGCAAGUUAAUCAAACGCCAGAGGCUCAGCAAGAAUGAUCGAGGAGAUCAUUACCACUGGAAAGAUCUAAACCGGGGAAUCAACAUCACAAUCUUUGCCAAAACCUUUCGCAUCGUGGACUGUGACCGAUUCACACAGGAAUUUUUAGAAAGUCAAGGAAUUGAAUUAAAUCCCCCAGAGAAAAUGGCCCUUGAUCCUUACACUGAACUCCGGAAACAACCUUUUCGUAAAUAUGUUACACCGUCGGACUUUGACCAGCUGAAGCAGUUUCUCACGUUUGACAAACAAGUUCUUCGAUUCUAUGCAAUUUGGGAUGAUACUGACAGUAUGUUUGGUGAGUGUCGGACCUAUAUCAUUCAUUACUAUCUCGUGGAUGAUACAGUGGAAAUUCGAGAGGUCCAUGAACGGAAUAAUGGACGAGAUCCUUUUCCUCUCCUUGUGAGCCGCCAGCGCCUUCCCAAGAUUUUGGUGGAAAAUGCAAAGAACUUCCCGCAGUGUGUGCUGGAAAUCUCUGAUCAGGAAGUAUUGGAAUGGUACACUGCAAAGGACUUUAUUGUUGGGGAACCACUCACUAUCCUUGGAAGGACGUUCUUCAUUUAUGAUUGUGAUCCAUUCACUCGACAGUUCUACAGCGAAAAGUUUGGUAUCUCUAAUUUACCACGUAUUGAUGUGAGCAAGAAGGAACCGCCUCCUAUAAAGCAGGAAUUGCCUCCCUAUAACGGUUUUGGACUAGUUGAAGAUUCUGCUCAGAAUUGUUUUGCUCUGAUCCCAAAAGCUCCAAAAAAAGAUGUUAUUAAGAUGCUGAUGAAUGAUAACAAGAUGCUUCGUUAUUUGGCUAAACUGGAGUCUCCCAUUCCAGAAGACAAAGAUCGUCGAUUCAUCUUCUCUUACUUUUUAGCCACCGAUAUGAUCAGUAUCUUUGAGCCUCCAGUGAGAAAUUCUGGCAUCAUUGGGGGCAAAUACCUUGGCAGAACUAAAGUUAUUAAACCAGACUCCUCAGUGGAGAAUCCUGUCUACUAUGGCCCUACUGACUUCUUCAUUGGUGCUGAGAUUGAUGUGUUUGGCCACCGGUUCAUCAUCCUUGAUGUAGACGAGUAUGUGUUGAAGUAUAUGGAGAGCAAUGCCACCCAGUAUUCAGCAGAAGCACUAGCAUCAAUUCAGAACCAUGUUCGAAAGCAAGAGGCUCUGGAAAACAAGCAAACUGAAGAGGCUCCCGGCACAAAGGAACUAGAAACAUUAAUAGACACAAUCCAGAAGCAACUGAAGGACAAUUCAUGUAAAGAUAACCUUUGUGAGGCAUUUCAAGCUCAUGACAAGGGAGCUUCCGGAUAUGUGGACAGAGAGAUGUUCUAUAAAAUUUGUGCAUCUUUUAACAUCCCACUUGAGGACUCCCUGAUUAAGGAGUUAAUCAAGCUGUGCUCUCAUGAAGAAGGCAGAAUUAACUACUAUAACUUCCUUCGUGCCUUCUCAAACUGA